CGGCUGGUCGACUAUUCGGACAGCGAGGACGCACCUAAAUCAGAAAUCUACGCCGGACCAUCGGUGGCUGGGCCUAUGGAUGAGGAUGGAUUUGCUCAAAUAGUCAUCGGACUACAGCAUGAGUACACGAAAGAAGUCCGGGAGUUGCAGGAACGACAGGAAGCAACGAAUCGAGAUAUGGCAGUGUAUAUGGAUCAAGUCAACACGAGAUUACAACAGCAGCUUAACGUCAUGACUUCAAUCGUCAAGGUGAGU